AUGAAUGCUGACGAAAUUAUACAACUAAAGAAGUCGUUGGCGAAGGCGCUUGAUGGUGGAAUGACUAGUAAUGUCCUUGACAUAUUGAAUAGGCUCAAGGAUAACACUCCUACGAAAGAAGUUUUAAAGAAAACAGAAAUCGGUCUGAUUAUUGGAAAGCAACGUUUACAUCCAAAUCCCGAAGUAGCAAAGCUUGCGAAAGAAAUUGUAAAGAAAUGGAGAGAUGCAGUUAGUCCAUCUAAGGCUAAUAAUGCACCUAAUGGUUCUACAAAAUCAGCUGUUCCGGAGAGUAAAGCUGAUACGGUAAACAACGCUACACCUGGGCAAAGUCCGAUGGUUAAUGGAAAAAAAAUCAAAAGAGAGAACACACAAGAUUCUUUGUCCUCAUCAUCAUCUGAUAUACCAACAUCAAUUGAUUCUGAAAAACGAGAACGUAGUUUUGAUCGUGAUCGCCCUCCUUAUAAAAGUACAAACAAUUCUGCGAGAGAUAAAUGUGUAAAGAUGCUAUACGAUUCAAUGGUAUUCGAUUCAUACGCCGAUUCUGAUAUUAUUCUUUUGCGAGCUAUCACCAUUGAAAAAACAGUUUUUGAUCAAUUUGGGAGACAAGUAAUCGACAAAUAUCGAGAUAAGUUACGUGGACUUAUUUCAAAUCUUAGAGACAAAAAGAACCCAGGCCUUAGGAAACGUAUUGUUGAUGGCGAGUUACAGGCUGAAGACUUUUGUACUAUGUCUAAGGAAGAUAUGGCAUCAGAAGAGAAAAAAGCCAGAGACAAUGAAAUUCGGCAAGAAAAUCUUUUCAAGGCACUUGGUGCUGGGCCAACACAAGCUGAAACUGAUAUGUUUCUCUGUGGAAAAUGUCGUAACCGCAAGUGCACUUAUUACCAGAUGCAGACUAGAAGCGCCGAUGAACCUAUGACAACCUUUGUUACUUGUACAGUCUGUAACAAUCGUUGGAAGGAAAAACUUUCUAAAGUUUGUUAA